AUGUGCAUUGCAAGUUUAGCUGAAAAGGUUAUCGGUGGUAUCGUUUAUCUAACAGUUUCGGUUCAAUUCGAAGAGAUACCAUUUUCAGCUCGUAAUGAAAAGUUAGGUGAAGCGUCAUUAUCGAAAUUGCUCACUGAAGUUGGUGAUAAACGUAAAUCGAACAUCAAAUACCAUCAGUUGGACAUCACGAAUCGCGAUAGCAUACAGAAAUUCGCCGAUCACAUAAAGAAAGAAUAUGGUGGUUUCGAUGUUCUCAUCAAUAAUGCCGGAUUCGCUUUUAAGACGGAUGCUACGGAACCACCAGAGGAACAAGCACGUGUGACGAUCGCUGUCAAUUAUGAGGGUACCAAACAAACUUGCGAUAUACUCUUUCCACUGCUGCGUAACGGUGGACGGUUUGUUUUCAUUGAAUCAUCCAACUUUGGCAUUCUCAUUGAAGAUUUUCUUUUCCUUUCAGUUGCAUUUCCCAUCCGUUUAAGUUGCAUUUCACAUCUCAAAAACUCAGUUCAUUUACUGCGUGGUUCAAGCUCAUUUCAAGCGGGUAUGCUGGAGGGUCAUUACAGUCAACAAAUAAUAGACACACUCACGAAACCCACACUGACCGUGGCCGAAAUCGAUAAAUUCACGAAGGAUUAUAUUCAAGGAUGUAUUGACGGGAACAUAAAAGAGAAGGGUUAUUUACGUCAAUCAGCUUAUGGUGUUUCAAAAGCUGCGAUGAUUGCAUUAUCAUUGGUUCAGUCACGUCAGCUCAAGUCAAGAAAUAUCAUCGUCAACGGGUGUUGUCCAGGAUAUGUUGAUACGGAUAUGACAAGUCAUAAAGGUCCGUUAACGAUUGAACAGGGUGCUGAUACACCCAUAUAUUUAGCUACGCUUGAGGGUGAUGAGCCGAAUGGUUGCAUGGUUUACCAACGGAAACCACUCAACUGGGCCGGUGGCAAAUCAAUCUUUUGA